AGGCCCCAGGCAGAGACGCUCAGUUCGGCGGCCGCGAGGAGGAUGGCGGCGGAAGGGCCCGAGGCUCCCGCCAGUCCCGGCGGAGAGGGGCUCCCUGGGGCCGAGGCUGGCCCUGACCAAGAUGUGCUUCCUAAGCCAGCGAGUAACGGAGCCCCAAAUCCAGAUGAAGCAACGCCAGUGCAAGAGUGCAACGGGGUCAGUGUAGAAUCCACUGCUCUGGCCCUGCGACCUGAGCCUGCCAAGGAGGAAGCCCCUCAGCCCUCUGCUCCCGACGUGGUCAUGCACAUGGCAAUCAACCCCCCCAUGGAGGAGCUCUCCAUCACAUAUCCGCUGGAGUUUGAGCGGUACUGGAGAGGGGCACAAGAGAACCCUCUUGACUUCACUGCAUGGACUGAGCUGCUGCAGUAUGUAGAGCAAGAGAAUCACAUCUAUGCCGCCCGCAAAGCCUUUGACAGCUUCUUCCUGCGGUACCCUUAUUGCUACGGCUACUGGAAGAAAUAUGCAGACAUGGAGCGGCGCUUUGACUUCAUCAAGGAGACCGAGGAGGUUUUCCAGCGAGGCCUGCAGUCCAUUCCCCUCAGCAUGGACCUGUGGAUCCAUUACAUCUCCUUUCUGCAGUCCAGCUUGGAUAUGAACCUUCCAGAUUCAGCUCAAAAAAUCUGCGGCACCUUUGAGUCAGCCGUGGCAGCCGCAGGGGUGGAUUUCCGUUCAGACAAACUUUGGGAGAUGUACGUGGAGUGGCAGAGGGAGCAAGGGGACCUGAAGGCCAUCACCGCCAUCUAUGACCGAGUGCUGGCCACCCCCACCCAGCUGUACAGCCACCACUGGGAAAAGUUCAAGGAGCAUGUGACCAGCCAUCCCCCCAGAGAGAUUCUCUCUACAGAGGAGCUGCUGUGGCUGCAGUCGAAGAUGGCCUCAGAGACAGUGGCCAAGGCCACGGAAAUGGAGGCCGAGGAGGCUCCGCCUGGAGAGGACGUCCCACUGAAGACAGAAGCCAAGCAGGAGAUGGUGGAAGGGACCCAAGUGCUGGGACCUCUGGACCAGGACAGGAUCCGGGAGCUCGUGAUUUCUAUUCGCCAGCAUAUGUACACCCAGAAUGAGAGCGAAGUCAGCAAGCGCUGGAAUUUUGAAGAAGGGAUCAAGAGACCCUACUUCCACGUAAAGCCGCUGGAGAGAGCCCAGCUGCGGAACUGGCGGGACUACCUGGACUUUGAGAUUGCCAGUGGCUCACACGAGCGCACCAUCGUGCUCUUUGAGCGCUGCGUCAUUGCCUGCGCCCUCUACGAGGAGUUCUGGAUCAAGUACACAAGGUACCUCGAGAACCAUAGUGUAGCCGGGGCCAGAAACGUCUUCCAGCGAGCUUGCUGCUAUCACCUCCCUAGGAAGCCCAACAUCCACCUCCUCUGGGCAGCCUUCGAGGAGAAACAAGGAGAGGUGGAGGAAGCCCGGCGCAUCUUGAAGUCUUUUGAGGACUGUGUGCCUGGGCUGGCCAUGGUGCGUUUGCGGCGGGUGAGCCUGGAGCGCCGGCUGGGGAACAUGGAAGCGGCAGAGGCCCUCCUGAUGGAAGCCAUCCGGGAGAACGAGGGGAUGCCUGUCUCUUCCUUCUAUUCUGUCAAACUAGCCCGGCAGGUUCUGAAAGUGCAGAAGAACCUGAUCAAAGCCCGGAAGAUACUCUUGGAGGCACUGGAGAAGGAUCCGGACAAUGCCAAGCUCUACGCCAAUCUGUUAGAAAUGGAGUUCAGUGCUGACGUCCGGCAAAAUGAGGGCAACACCAUGAGUAGCUUCGACCGAGCCCUGACCAGCGGUCUCCCUCUGGAGACCAAGAUUAUAUUCUCUCAGCGGAGGGUGGAGUUUCUUGAGGACUUUGGGUCCAGCAUCAACAGCUUACUGACAUCGUACGAUGAGCAUCAGAAACUCCUGAACCAGCAAGUGAUGAGGAAGAGGCUCCUGGAGAAUGGUGCUGAGGAGGCCGAUGAAAAAAGGAUGAGACUUGAGGAUGCUGCUGCAGCUACAGGAGGCGGCAGCCUUGCGGUUGCAACAACGGGAAUCACCCCUUUGAUGGCAGCAGAUGUGAGCAACAGCAGCACAACAGGAGCUUAUAACUAUAACACUUGGUACCAGAACUAUAGUGGCUAUGGUUACCAGAACACAUGGAACUACAAUCAGUAUUACCAACAGACCUGAAACUGAUUGUCCCAAGAUGCCAACAGCAUCCAUGAGACUGAGUGGCAGCUGCGGCUUUUUGGCCCACAUAUAGAAGCAACAUGAAGUCCAGGCAUGACCUGUAGCUGCUGCUGCCUCCUCUCUGAGCAGCUGUAGAGAAACUUUGAACUGUCUCCAUCUGAAAAACUGAUUCUCCCUCCCCACAAAAGCUUUGUAUGUACUGAGCUGCCCCACCACCUAUUACAAGCCACAAUUUUCGUGUUUCCACGAUUCAAGGGAAUAUGUUGACACUUCUUAGAUGUGGAGGAUCUGAAAUCACAUAUUCCAUGCAGAGCUGUUUACCACACAAGGGAGGUUGCCACAGUCCUCCUUGGAGACCCUUUGGAUGAUGGAGUGACCAAGGACUACGUCUUUUCUGCCGCAGGAUUCUCUUAGCAGGCUUCAUGAGGCAGAAUUGGUGUCUGUUAAAAUGAGUCCUCCUUUUUUUGUAAACUUUUUCUCCUGUACAUUUCAUGUGUUGUUAACUGUACAUAAACAGGAAUUCAUUACCAUG